AUGGCGGUGGGGUGGUCGGAGGUGGUAGCAGCGGUGACGGUGGUCGGAGGUGGUAGUGGUAGUGGUGGGUGGUGGCGGUUGAUAGCGGUGGCGACGGUGAUCGGAGGUGGCAGUGGCAAUGGUGGCGGCGAUGAUCGAAGGUGGGUGGUGGCGAUGAUCGGAGGUGGCAGUGGCGACGGUGGGUGGCCGGGUGGUGGCGAUGAUCGGAGGUGGCAGUGGCGACGGUGGGUGGCGACGACGGCGGCGGAAGGUGGUGGCAGUGGUGGUGGCGAGUGGCAGCGGGGGUGGGUGACGGCGGCGGAUGACGGUGGUGGUGGUGGUGGGGCGAUGGAAAUUAGGAUUUUGGAGCUUACUACAACUAGGUUCAGUCUUAGUUUAGUGUUACUGUCCUUAUUUGCGUUGCGAAAAAAGAUUUUUGUUUAUGUGAAUCAAAAUUGA